ACAAGCUGGCGCUCCGGUAGUGAGAGUCGCACACGAAGACGAGGCGACGGCUAUUCGAGCGAAGCACCACAGCGUCAACGCCCUACGCCACACCUACGAGGAUGUUUUUUCGGAAACCUUGGGCUUGAUCAAAGGACCACCAGCCAGCCUCCUGCUGAAGGACGACGCGGUCCCCAAAUUCUGUCGAGAGUUCGUCCUGGUUACCGACCACCAACCACUUCUGGGACUGCUGAGACCCGACCGCCAGACGCCUGCAAUGGCCGCAGCUCGCAUCCAACGGUGGGCCCUCUACCUUGGAGGUUACCGUUACAAGCUUGAAUAUGCCCCAGGAAGGCAGCUACUGAAUGCGGAUGCUCUGAGCAGACUGCCGCUGCGGUGCCAAGAUGCCGCCACGGAACCUGAACCCGAAGAAAGGACCCCACAGAAAGCCGGACUAUCGCCAUCGGAAAUGCUGCUGGGGUACCAGAUACGGUCACGCCUGGACACGUGCUUUCCUGCGACGACUGCGCCCAAUUCUAAAAAGGAAAGCGACGAUUUGUUACCACCAACGAACUGUGAUGUGCAUGUCCGCAACUACGGGUCCAAUGGUAGAUGGAUGCCAGGACGUGUAACAGCUACAUCGGGAGGACGGAUGGUCACAGUGGAGACACCUCAAGCAAUCGUGCGGCGUCACAUAGAUCAAGUGCGUACUCGUAGGGGAUUUUCGCAAGACGAACCACUGUGGACCCAUCCAGGUGAUAUCAGCAAAGGCAAUACACCGAGCACAACGCCACUCGACCCACCGCCACCCGCGAACCCCGAUGAAGCUGUGGAAGCGUCACCCCAAGAAACUCUCCCAGUCACCGACCAGCCUGAGCCUGCUGCAGUCCCAACACCCCUGGCAGCUACGACGGAUCAAGAAACCGCACAACCGCUCCGGCGCUCCACAAGAACACGCAAGCCAGUGCAUCGUUUUUAAGGAGGAAGAAAUGUUGUAAAUGCGGUGUCAAACCACCACGUGAUAUGCGCGCUGUCA